AACAAGAAUUAAAUCGUGCUUGAAAACACCUUUAUCAAAGUAAUAUGAAUAAAUCUUCUUAUUUAUUUUUAUAUUGGUCGCAACGAGUUAAGUGGCUGUCAAGGAGAAAACGGGUCAACAUAUAGGAGAAAGCUGUGAUGAUUUUUCAAAAGAUCACUUAACAAUUACAUUNGAAAAAAAAAAAAACAAGAAAGCAAAAUAAUAAAACAAUGGCCAAGGCUGUAGCUCUCGCAUCCGCCCUCUGCAUCCUGGCCAUUGCCACCUUCGCCAACGCCCACCACGACUUCAAUGUCGAGGGUGACGUCUACUGUGACCCGUGCCGUGUCCAGUUCGAGACCGAGCUCGCCCGAAGGCUCGUCGAUUCAUGCGAAGAGGGUGCGGUCCGAGAGGUGGGCCUAGGUGCACUUAAUGAGAUUCCAUCUCAACAUCAAUUGAUGAUGGAAGGAAGGAGUGCCAACGUGCGGCUGGAAUGCAGGCAUGCAGACACCAAAGCCGUGACCUAUUCGUUGGAUGGGGUGACCGGCCCCAAUGGGCAGUAUAGCCUCCCAGUUGUCGGGGACCACGGUGACGAGAUAUGUGAGGUAUCGGUGGUCAAGAGCCCGAGCGACGAUUGCAACGAACCGUUGGGCGAUAAGUCGAGGGUGGUGUUGGCGUCCAAUGACGGCAUGCACUCGGGCUUCAGGUUCGCCAAUGCCAUUGGAUUCCAGACCAAGACUGCCCUCCCUCAGUGUGGACCCGUCCUCUUCAACAUGGGCGUUGUAGUUGGAUCGCAAUAAAUAUAAUUUCUUUUAUUUGUUUCAAUUUCUCUCUAA